CUGAGCUCUCAGGAGCGGCAGCAGAUUGUUUCGUCUGCUCAUUGAAAUACUCACACUGACUUUGAAGGAGGACCUGAACUGUGAGCUGGAGCUGUGUCUGAAGGUCUUGACUCGCAGGAUGAACGCCCUCCAGACUCUGUUUCUCUUGGCCGCCGGCCUCUCUUUGGCCCUGUCUCGCCGCGGCAGGGCAAUCCCCCAGUUCAGGAACAUGAUUAUGUGCACGUUGCCUGGUAGAUGGCCGAUUAGGGACUAUACUGACUACGGCUGCUACUGUGGAAAGGGCGGCUCUGGCACGCCUGUGGACGAGCUGGACAGGUGCUGCCAAGUGCACGACAACUGUUACGGUGAGGCCGAGCUACACGACGAUUGCUUGCCUAUCUUCGACAACCCUUACAUGGAGUGGUACACCUGGAGCUGUGACGAAGCGAGCAAGACGCUCACCUGUGCCAAGAACAACGACGCAUGUGAGAUGUUUAUCUGCGAGUGUGACAGGAAGGCCGCCGAGUGUUUCGCUACAUCGCCUUAUAACAAAGAUAACUAUAACCUGCCCGACUACCGAUGUCAGUCAAAUACCUCUGUAGUUAAUCAAACACAGGAUCCACUCCCACACACGACACACCCAUCACUGAACUCUCAAGAGCGGCAGGAGGUUGUUUCGUCCGCUCAUAGAAAUACUCACACUGACUUUGUACUGUCACAUAUUCUCAAGGUCAUGGUUUUCUUUUCUCCUUCUCUCUCUGCACUGCAUCUCUAUUGUUAGCUGUGGAUCUGUAUCCUGACCUGAAAAACCAGUAGAUCUGCAUCUCUCAUUAACUGAUGCUCGGUCAUUCACUGGUAUAAUCCUAACUCAAGUUUCCAAUAGAGGGCGCUCUCAUCUAGCUCUUUCUUCCCUUGCUUGCAGGAAGUAGUUUACAGACUGUAGACUUUAAUAUUGGCAAAUUAUCAAAUGAUACAAAUGCUUGCAGUACUCAAUAAAGAAGACAAAAA